UUUCAGAACCCAGCUUUGCAAAUAACUAGUACCCCGAGUAAUAUGGUAAUGGUGUGAUGAUGGUGUGGUUUUGUAGUGGAUGAUGAGUGUGUGAGCUCACAAUACGUCAGAAGAAACGUCACAGAACCCCGGUCUAGUGAAACAGACGUACUGUGUCACUAAUUAUCUGAUCUAAUAGAAUAUCUCCUGAUCUCGUAUCUCGUAUCUUGAGAACUAAUAUUCACAUGAGACAUGUGGUAUUAAAGAUCCGCUAAUCUAUCUGUAUUACUACUAGGGGGGUUUCUUCAGUGUCUCAAUAUAAACCAUGUGUGCUAUCUGCAGCAGUUAUCAGCGUAUAAACCUUGAGAAGGAUCUGUCACGUGACCUGGUGAAAUAUGAAGCUAUGCGUCACGUGACCAGUGACGACCCAAAUACCAGCUAUUGGAGUGAUUCUCUUAUCUCUGAGCUGGAUGCCAGGGUACUAUACGGGCUGGACCCUAAUUAACUGCUCAUUUGCUUCUCUCUUGUUACUGAUUUGCUGCUCGCUUGACCCGAUAUAUUGACUAUUAGUGACCACUAGUGACCACUAGUGACUAUUAGUGACUCAUCAUGAACCACAAGCCCUCUGUUCGGAGUCUGUUCAGUGCACACCGAGCUGCUUCAGUCAGCACCGCCGCUAAACGUACCUCCUCCAUCAGUAACGCCAUCCGCACUGCUUCUGUGGGCGGUGCAUUUGUGGGUAAUAGCACGUUCCAUGUAGCUCUGACUAACAGUAACGAUACUCCCACUGAAACAGCCAACCAGAACAUUCGACCCUCUGACAACAGUAAUGAGAAUGCUAAUGCUGUGAAGAAAACACCGCUUUUCAGUAGAAGGAGCCCAUUCUUGAGCAGGAAGAGCAAGGAUCACAAUGCUAACAUGGAUACAGCUCCUGCAAGGUCUCCUCUAGCUAAGGAGACGUCUAGUGAUGUUGAGGAGAUGGGUUUUGCAAGCGAGUGUGAGAGUGACGUCACGGAGAGCCCUAGUCCUAAGGAUGAGGCUAAGUCGGAGGAUCGGCUCACUAUGUCUGAACUUUUCACUGUUUACUCCCGGAUUACUCGUCGCAGGUUGUCUAAGCAAGACGGCACAAGAGCGGGACUUGGCACUUGGGGCUACAGAGGAGCCACCACUAAACCCCGACCCUCUCUUAUAGAAUCUGAUUCUCCCUUCAGAACUCUACCUAGAAACUGUGCUAAUCCUACUCUCCUUGAAGCCAUGUCAGAUUCUCCUACUGAUGAUGUCGCUUUGAUGUCGCUUGCUUAUGCUAAACUUCUAAAACUAAGAAAACAAAAAGAAGAGCUGAAGAGAAUACAUCACAUGUUGGACGAUCUGGAGAACGACUUCAUGGGGAGUAAAGAAAACAGCACCUACAUAGAGAGAUACAUGGAGGUGAAGGUAAAGAAGGAUUACAUGCUGAGUCCUGGAAACCCGGAGUCCACGGUGGAGAAGGAGGACACUAUCAAAGUGUUUGGGUACAUGGGCCACAACACGUGGCGGAUAAUGGGGCCGCAUUGUAAGGGCUACUGCAAGAAGAACACAGUCCUGAACCCCAGGGUCAGAUCUCAGAACCUGGUUCAAGAUGUUGAUAUUGUGUGUAAUGCGUGCAAUAAGAUAACAGUGCCUCUGAUAGGUUCCGUGCCUACUUCUAUACUGCACAUGCGUAACGCGAAUCACCACAGUCCAGGAUGAGUGCUACUAGGAACAUUGCACAAGCUGCAGUAUUAUCAGAGUUAUGAUUAAAAAUAGGCACAUUCAAAUAGGCACAUACAAAGACUGUGAAUCUAUUUGAGCGCUUUAUUUUAUGCCAUCAGUUAAUGAACGGCUUGAUUUCAUUUUUGUUAACUGUUCAACUCACAGCUGAAACCAGAAAUUACUGGACUCUAAAUUUUACUUUGUUGUUAAUUAAAUUUUUAUUUGAUUUUGUAAUUCUUGAUUUGACUAUUUACUAAUUAUUUACAUGACCAAAUCCUAAUUCUAACUUGUUAAUGGUAGUAAAAAAUGUAGGCAAGUUUUUAAUGAGUUGUUAAGCUGAAGAAGCUUGAGAAGCAUAAAUUUCAAUUUUCGUAUGAAAUUCUUGACUGUGCCUGUUUUCUAAACAAAAUACAAAAGCUUCACAAUGAAUGAU